CAGCGUAAACUUCAACCUAGGUGUAGUAAUAGAUGUUUCAACUCGUGUGAGGUGUCAAUGUUGUAUGUUAAGGCAGGACAGUGUCGUGCAGGAAUGUCCGAUGGCUUGUGUUAGGGCAUGUCUCAGUCACUUGUUGAAAUUUACAGUAGGGAGGAGGCCUGGGCUAUACCGCAGGUAAGGCCGGGUAGGGGGUCGAAUUACAAGGCCAGACGCGACCGCUGCUACUAAGACAGUUCAGUUCAGUCGUUAGCCACGACCGCCACGCCACGCCACGCCACGCCACGCCCGUCACAGAUGAAGUACUAUGCGAGGAGAUGGUGUUGAAGACUUGUGAGGAGGAGCGUGAGUGAUUGGGGGAGAGAGCGACAGUAGUGUGUGUGUUUUGUGGUGACCAGCACCCGCCUCACACCGCCGCCGCUAGCCACACACUACGCUCCCCUGACCCGCUUGUCCUGACCCAGAAUGACUUUAGAUGAAGAUUUUAGUGUUGCACAGUUUGAGUGACGAUUUCAUGUGUUUGGUGGAGACUGGAGUACUUCAGCCACUCAGAGUUUACCGCCACUCAAAGCCAUGAGUGACGGGGGCAGUGACCUCAGCAACGAUGACGUGCGUCACCGUCGUAAGUCCCUCCCGACGGAGGAGUUUGGUAUGGCUGGAAAUCCUAAUCCUCUGGGUGUGCCCUUCUUCAGGAACCUGCCCAUGAUGGGACUGGACCAGCAGGAGGAAAGGGCUUCUCUCCUGGGCUCAGGGCAGUAUGUCUACCAGUCCUCAGGCUCCGAUACCUACUCCAGCGACUUCCUCAGGGAGGGCGCCGACGAUGGCUUGGCCAAGCAGUCAGGGCUCGGGUACGGGACCUGGAAGGCGUCUGAAGAGGGCAUCACCCUGACCUGGCGUGACCUGAGUGUAUACGUCCCUCAGAAGAGAGGAUGGUUCAAGGGCACCCACGAGCAGCGGCCCUUCAAACGAGUCCUUAACAACGUGUCUGGUGCUGUCCGUCCAGGCAGUCUGGUAGCGUUAAUGGGCUCUAGUGGAGCGGGCAAGUCAACCCUGAUGAACGCCCUGGCCCACCGCACCCCGGGGGGCGUGAUCGUGGACGGGGACAUCUUGGUCAACAGCCGCCGCGUCAGCAGGUCAAUGACGUCCCUGGCAGGUUACGUGCACCAGGAUGAUCUCUUCGUCGGCUCCCUCACCGUAAAGGAGCACCUCACCUUCAUGACUCGGUUAAGGAUGGACCGUCGGCGGAGCAACAAGCAGCGAUUGGCGCGGGUGAUGGAGCUGAUGAAGGAGCUUGGCUUACUGAAGGCCCAGAACACACGUAUAGGCGUCCCCGGCCACGACAAGUCCCUCUCUGGUGGGGAGCGUAAGAGACUUGCUUUCGCCACAGAGAUCUUGACAGACCCGCCGUUGCUGUUCUGUGACGAGCCAACUACAGGACUGGACUCGUACAAUGCCAGGAAGUUAGUCCGGAUUAUGAAGGAUAUGGGCACCCGCGGCAAGACCAUCCUGUGUACCAUCCACCAGCCAUCGUCUGAGGUAUUCGCCAUGUUUGACAAGCUGCUGUUGCUGGCUGAAGGUCGUGUUGCCUACAUGGGCUCCUCCUCGGGAGCUCUUGAGUUCCUCGACAGCCUAGGCCACAAGUGUCCAGCGACUUUCAACCCCGCUGACUACUACAUCCACACGCUGGCGGUGCUGCCCGGCCACGAACACCGCUCCAGGGAACGUAUCAAGAGGAUCUGCGACAACUUUGCCGUCUCAGCCUACUGUAAGGACAUAGACAUCACCAUACAGUACCAGGACAACAUGUGCAUCUCCAAUUCUGACUCUGGUGGCAGUCAUCAGGACGACGGCUUCUCCAGGAACAUCCCACAGAAGCCCGGGUGGGUGGUGCAGCUGUGGUGGUUAACAUGGCGCUCACUCGUUGACUCCUACAGGAACCCUGCCAUCCACUCUAUCAGGAUAUUGCAGAAGAUCCUUAUUGCCUUCUUGGUGGGAGUCUGUUACACAAAUGUCAAGCUGAACCAGGCGGGCAUCCAGGACAUAGAAGGUGUCCUCUUCAUCUUCAUCACCGAGAACACAUUUCCUUCCCUUUAUGGAGUUCUUAACAUCUUCCCCCAAGAGAUGCCGCUCUUCCUCAGGGAGUACAAGAAUGGCAUUUAUCGGGCAGACACUUACUACCUGGCCAAGAUGAUUGCCCUCAUUCCAGGUUUUGUGGUUGACCCGGUGGUGUUCUGCCUCAUUUGCUACUGGAUGGUGGGGCUUCAGCGCCAUGCAUACCACUUCUUUAUGACGGUCCUUGUCACCAUCUUCACAGCCAACACUGCUUCAGCUUGUGGUUCAAUGUUCUCAGCCAUGUUUGAGAGCAUACCCUACAUUAUGCUGUUCCUCAUACCUUUUGAUGUGGUGCUUCUCAUCUCCGGUGGCCUCUUCAUUAACCUCUCAACAAUGCCUUGGUUUAUUGGAUGGGUCAAAUACCUCUCCUGGUUCAUGUACAGCAAUGAAGCUCUGACCAUUACACAGUGGGCCGACGUAAAAAACAUUACUUGUGAAAUGCCACCCGGUGUCCCCUGUAUCAAGAACGGUCAACAGGUGAUACAAGAAUAUGCCUUUAAAGCUUCACAUCUUUCAUAUGACUUUGCACUGUUGGCGCUUCUCUACACAGGCUUCCACGUACUCGGUUUUAUUGGUUUGUACUUGAGAGCGAGGAAAAAGUAGAAAAUAAAGAAGACUUAAUAUUUAGAUUUAUAAAAACAUGCUCAAUGUUAUUUCAUCUCUGUUAAAGAAGUUUAUAAGCAUCAGUAAAGCACCAACCAUCACCAUCAAGUACAGUAUUAAGAGUUAUUAAUUUUUAUUAUAGAAAUGAGUGCUUUAAUUUAUACAACAGUUUUUGUGUUCUAGUACAGUAUGUUGUCUUCGUAUACAUUCAUAUUUUUGAAAAAUAAACAAAAAUGUAAAGUCUUG